CCCCGCCCCACACUGCACCCCUCCGCCCCCCGCAGGCUUUUCGAACACGUGGACGAGGCUCUGCUGCGGCGCUCCCCGUUCGCGGAGCUGCUGGCGCUGCUGGACAACUACGAGGCGCAGUGCGGGGUGGAGGAGGAGCCGACGGCCGAGGAACAGCGCGAGGAGCAGCGGUUCCUCGACGCCGUGCUCAACACCGACGUGAUGGAGGAGCUGCUGCAGAGCGGGCUGUGGGGCUCCCGCUCGGCGCUGCGCGCAGCCCUGCAGCAGCUCUGGUUCGGCCGCUACUCGCGAUCCGGGGGAGCCGCCUUGGAUUCGUCUGGGUUCGAGCACGUCUUCGUCGGUGAGAUCAAGAACAGCCGCGUGUCGGGCUGCCACUCGUGGGUGCAGCUGCAGCAGCUGGAGCGCAGCGGGCGCCUGAAUUACCUGAGCUACAGCUACGACGGGCCGUGGCGGCGCUUCCCCGACGUGCUGGCGCUGCAGUUCCGCUGGGCGGGGCACCUGAAGCCGCUGGGCUCCACGUUCCUGGGCUCCAGCCCCGCCUUCGACAUGGCGCUCUACACCCUGUGUCACGUGACGCGGCCCGGCGCGCUCUGCAACGUGACGCUGGCCGGCCACGCAGCGGCGGUGCAGACCCACAGCUGGGCCGGAGCUGGGCAGCAGUUCAUCGCCUCCGCCUACCCUGUCAGCCCCUGAGCCCCACGGAUCCGCUGCCCCACGGAUACAGCGCCCCAUAGAUCUGCUGCCCCAUAGAUACAGCGCCCCAUAGAUACAGCGCCCCAUAGAUCUGCUGCCCC